AUGCCCAAAUCAAAACGCAGCAAGGUCUUCCACCUCACCCAGGUGACCAAGAAGACACGCGAGCAAAAGGACAAGCUCUUCUCCAACAUCCGCGACAUCUUCUUCGGCAAAACCAAACUCACCGCCCGCGCCCUGGGCACCACCCCCGAAGACGCCCAAGCCGACGGGAUCGACCAGCUGACCCGCUACCUAGCGGGCUCCGUCGGGCUUCUCUUCACCAACCGGGCCCCCGCCGCGAUCCAAUCCUACUUCGCCUCGCUCACGCACGUGGACUUUGCGCGGGCCGGCACGGUGGCCUCGCGCACGGUCACCGUGCCCCCCGGCUUGGUGUACUCGACGGGCGGGGAGGUGCCGGCGGAGCACGACGUGCCCGUGGCGCACACGCUGGAGCCGGAGCUGCGCCGGCUGGGGAUGCCGACGCGCAUGGUCAAGGGCAAGGUCUGUUUGGGCGGGGAUGAGAGUGGGGAGGGCAGUGCGGAGGGGUAUACGAUUUGUCGGGAGGGGGAGGUGCUGGAUUCGCGGCAGACGCGGUUGUUGAAGCUGUUCAGUGUGUGUAUGAGUGAGUUUCGGGUCGGGUUGUUGGCGUAUUGGAGCGCGGCGAGUGGUGAGGUGACCGAGUUGGAGGGGGCCAAGGAGCGGUUGGCGAUGUUGCAGCAGCAGCAGGAGAAGGGCGGUGGAAAGGGAAAGGCGAAGGAGGGUGAUGAUGGUGAGAUGGAGGAGGAUGAGGAGGAUGAAGAGUAA